AUGUUUGCAGCCUAUUUUGAUUGCCCAGGAGGCCCAGAAAAUCUCUAUAUGAAAGAAGUGAUGAAACCAAACGCAGGAGAAGGAGAAGUUCUUGUGAAAGUCUCUGCCAGUGCUCUGAAUCGGGCCGAUUUACUCCAGAGGAGAGGGAAGUAUCGUCCCCCCAAGGGAGCAAGUGAUAUUUUAGGCCUGGAAGCAGCAGGGAGCGUGGCUGGGCUGGGUCCCAGCUGCUCGGGCCGCUGGAAGAUCGGCGAUGCAGUGAUGGCUCUGCUCUCCGGGGGAGGCCAGGCACAAUUCGUGACAGUGCCCGAAGGUCUUCUGAUGCCAAUUCCCAAAGAUAUGACUUUUAUUCAGGCUGCAGCCAUUCCUGAAGCCUGGCUAACAGCAUUUCAGCUGCUCCAUUUUGUAGGUAAAGUACAGGAGGGUGAGAGAGUGUUGAUCCACGCUGGAGCCAGCGGGGUUGGCAUGGCAGCCAUUCAGCUGGUGAGACUGGCAAAGGCUAUUCCCAUUGUGACAGCAGGAACUCAGGAGAAAGUGGAAGCAACAGCAAACGCUGGAGCAGCUGCAGGGUUCAACUACAAGAAUGAAGACUUCAGUGAAAAGGUCUUGGAGUUCACCCAAGGUUCUGGAGUAGAUAUUAUUUUAGAUUGUGUUGGUGCCUCAUACUGGGAGAAGAACCUCAACUGUCUGAGUACUGAUGGCCGGUGGAUUAUUUAUGGACUGCUGAGUGGAGGUGAAGUCCAUGGGGAUUUGCUGGCAAGGCUGCUUUCCAAAAGAGCCAGCAUCCACACGAGCCUGUUACGGUCCCGAGACAAGCAGUACAAGGAGCGGCUGGUGAGAGCCUUCACUGAGGAGGUGCUGCCCCAUUUUUCCGGAGGGGUUUCCCCGCGUCUCCAGCCCCUCGUGGACAGUGUUUACCCCCUGCACGCUAUCGCUGAGGCACACAGGGCUAUGGAGGAAAACAAGAAUAUCGGCAAAAUCGUCAUCGAAAUUCCCGUUUGCUUCAAGAAAGGGCCGCUGCAGUAG